GGAACCAUUUUAUCACAAACACAACGCGAAAACACUUGGUCGUCGAAACACUCUUCUUCCUCUGCCGUUAUCUUUGCCGCGAAAGCAGUCUGCUUUCACAGAUGAAUUGCAGCAGCUCUCGUGUCUUCUCCCAUGGCGCCGUAGCUUCGUUUCGCGGCAAAGGAAUGGACUUUCUCUCUCCCAAAUUCGUGACCUUUGGCGCCUCCUUCCCUGCAAAAUCAGAAUUCCUGAAUUCCUACAUCCACCCGGCUCUCACUUCCCUCGAUUCUUUCCGAUUUCAGCAGCAGGGUGGCAAUGUACUCCAAGUUUCAGUGAAGUCGAGAAGUUCCAAAUCGUAUGCAUUGGUGGUGAGGAGUGAUCAUCGCUAUCCCCAGAACUCCGACUUUCUGAAGCACUAUUCGAAGAAGGAGAAGAAGCCGUUUCCGGUGCCCAUUGUGGAGCUGAGGCGGGCAGCAAGAGAGAGGCUGAAGAGCAACAGGGGCAAGCCUAGAACGCCGGUUCCACCUCCCAAAAACGGCUUGCUUGUCAAGACCCUUGUGCCAGUUGCAUACGAUGUGUACGAUGCGAGAAUUACAUUGAUCAACAAUUUGAAGAGGCUUUUGAAGGUGGUUCCUGUGCAGGCUUGCAGGUUCUGUAAUGAAAUUCAUGUGGGGCCUGUUGGGCAUCCAUUCAAAUCAUGUAAAGGUGCAAAUGCUAACAUUCGUAAGGGUGUUCAUGAGUGGAUACCAAAUGUGACCGUUGAUGACAUAUUCUUGCCAGUUGAAGCUUUCCACCUCUAUGAUCGGCUUGGAAGACGCAUUCCUCAUGAGGAAAGAUUCUCAACUCCUAGACUUCCAGCAUUAGUUGAGCUCUGCAUCCAGGCUGGGGUCGAUAUCCCAGAAUAUCCCACUAAAAGGAGAAGAAAGCCAAUCAUCCGAAUUUCAAAGAGUGAAUUUGUUGAUGCAGAUGAAAGUGAGCUACCAGACCUGGACGAUGAAGGACCCAAGAGACCCGUUUUGGCUGAAAUACUGGAUUCGGAGGUAAUAGUCCCUUCCGAUGAAGAAGAAACAACCUUGCUUGCUGAGGAAACACUACGAGCAUGGGAGCAGAUGAGGAGAGGAGCCAAGAGAUUGAUGAAGAUGUAUCUAGUGAGGGUUUGCGGGUAUUGCCCGGAGGUGCAUGUUGGUCCUAGCGGCCACAAGGCUCAGAACUGUGGGGCCUUCAAACACCAACAACGAAAUGGGCAGCAUGGCUGGCAGGCGGCUGUGCUCAAUGACUUGAUACCACCAAGAUAUGUGUGGCAUGUUCCAGAUGUGAAUGGACCGCCAUUGGAGCGGGAGCUCAGGAACUUUUAUGGGCAAGCCCCUGCGAUUGUCGAAAUGUGCAUUCAGGCGGGUGCUGCUGUGCCAGAAGAAUACAGACCAACCAUGAGGUUGGAUGUCGGGAUUCCCUCCACUAUUAAAGAAGCUGAAAUGGUAGUUUGAUGAGUUGGGUUGAUCUUUGUCCCCCUCUUAUUUUCAGUACAAUGUAAAUUGUAUGUAGAAUAUCUCAACAGGUGGUCUGAACAAAAAGCUUUUAUACAUCUUCAGUCACCUUUCUUCUUUUACUUGAGGACAAAUCUGACUAAUGUAACAAUUUUCUGGUUUUCUCAUAUGGCUGCUGUGUUCCUCUAUCCAUUAAUGCUGCCAUGCACUUUCUUUU